AUGUCUUUAGGACUCGAUAACUCCGGCAAAACGGCCAUUUUAUAUCGUUUAAAAUAUGGCGAAUUUUUCGAAACAAAGCCGACUCUCAGCUUUAAUGUUGAAAAUGUCACCAUCAGCAAAAAGAAAAUGAAAAUUUGGGAUGUUGGUGGCAAUGACAAACAACGACCACUUUGGAAAUCCUACCUACGCGACUGUGAUGGCAUCGUCUUUGUUGUGGAUAGCUCUGAUGAAUUAAGAAUGGAAGAAGCCAAGCAUGAACUGUUAGCCAUUGGCAAAAGUCCAGGUAUGGCACAUGUACCCAUAUUAAUCUUAGCCAAUAAGCAAGAUAUUCCUGGAGCGUUAUCACCCAUGACCGUAGCGAGAAUGCUAUCCUUGAAAGAAUUGACAAGCAAUCGGCCUUGGCAUGUCCAACCAACUUGUGCUCGAAAUGGCAAUGGCAUUCAGGAAGGGAUGCAUCAGUUAUGUGAAUUGACACGGAAGAAAAAUCGAAAACAAAUGGCUAAACCCAAUCGGAAUAGCUUCACAGCAGUAGCUUUGUAA